UUGCAGAGAAGAAAAGCAAGGCGAUUGAGAGCUUGCAAUCAGUCCUUAUCAUGGUCUGAUUCUAAAGCAGAAAGUUCGGUCGAUUUACGAAAACCUAGAAGCGGUUAUCGUACCAAAUUAGGAUUUUUAUAGUGUUUUACAGCAACUAUAACUCUCUUUUGUCGGGCAUAUAUAAGAUAUUAGAUAAGAGCAUCGAUUCAAUUCAAGCCCUCUAGUUUUGAAGUUUUAUAUUCGCAGGUGGUGGCACUGUUUACGAUAAUUCCAUCCAUUAUCAAAAGCAUUACAUUGAUCUCUUGCGCAGAGUGAAAGAUUUGGGAGAAGUCUGAAGGCUAGCUUCCAACAAGCUUUUCUACUUGAGCAAGUUGGAUAGAAAUCGCCACCAACCUUCUCCGAUUCCUGCUCAAUUGGAUACUUAGGUAUCGGAACAGAAUGCAUCGAUUAUUGUCAGAGAUUUUAAUGGAUACCCAAGGGGGAGGAGAAUCGCUGUUAGGAUCCAUCAAGAUCGCGGUUCUACCCAUAGCCAAAGUUUUCACGAUGUGCUUCUUGGGGUUUCUUAUGGCCUCCAAGUAUGUUAACAUUUUGCCUGCAAGCGGAAGGAAGCUCUUGAAUGGGUUGGUGUUCUCACUCCUGCUACCAUGUUUGAUAUUCUCUCAACUCGGACAAGCCAUCACCUUUGAAAAAAUGAUCGAAUGGUGGUUUAUUCCUUUUAAUGUGAUUUUGGCUACAAUAUCUGGUUCACUUAUAGGAUUACUUGUAGCAUGCAUUGUUCGUCCACCAUACCCAUACUUCAAAUUUACCAUUAUUCACAUUGGCAUAGGAAAUAUCGGGAAUGUGCCACUUGUUCUAAUUGCAGCUUUAUGUCGUGAUAAAUCGAACCCUUUUGGAGAUUCUGCUACAUGCACUCGUGAUGGAAAUGCCUACAUCUCCUUUGGACAAUGGGUGGGUGCAAUUGUUCUAUACACAUAUGUAUUUCAAAUGCUUGCACCCCCUCCUGGAGGUUCUUUUGAGAUUGAAGAUACUAAAAAUCUUCCUAUUAAAAAUCCUCCAAAAACUAACACAAACACCAAUAAUCCCCCUGAAGAAGUUCCUCUUCUCACUCAUGAGCCUGAAUCCAUAGAUCAAGAUACUCCUAAAGAUGGAAAGAUAAAACAAUUCAUGAAGUUUCUGUAUGACAAGUUAAAGCUGAAGCAAAUACUCCAACCUCCUAUCAUUGCAUCUAUACUGGCUAUAUUCAUUGGGUGUAUACCAUUUUUAAAAGGGUUGAUCUUCACACCUGAUGCACCACUUUACUUCUUCACUGACAGCUGCUUGAUUCUUGGGGAUGCUAUGAUUCCUUGCAUAUUGUUAGCAUUAGGUGGCAAUCUGACAGAUGGACCCGGGAGUUCAAAAUUAGGGUUAAAAACAACAGCUGCGAUUAUAUUUGGGAGAUUAGUUUUAGUUCCACCAGCUGGAUUGGGGAUUGUGACAUUGGCUGAUAAACUUGGAUUGCUUCCACCUGAUGACAAAAUGUUCAGAUUCAUCCUUCUUCUACAACAUUCCAUGCCCACAUCUGUUUUAUCAGGUGCUGUUGCGAGUCUAAGAGGGUGUGGAAGGGAAGCUGCAGCCAUUUUGUUUUGGGUUCAUAUAUUUGCCAUUAUUUCAAUGGCAGGUUGGAUUGUUUUGUAUCUCAACAUCCUUUUCUAGACUCUCUUUCUCAAACUUGAAGAAGAAAACAAAGAGGAUUAGAAGAAGCAUGCGAAUGUGAGUACCAGUGAUUAUAUUCAUAUCAAGUGGGAUGAUUCGUAUGUUUGUAUCUCUAUCAAAUACAAAUCCAAAGAGAGAAAGAGAGAUGAAGGGUUUUCAUUCUUUGUUCAUAAGCUGAUGGCUAUUGAUGUUACUUAUCUUGAUGUUAGAAUGAUUACAUAUUUUUUAGACAUUUCAGUUUCAACGAUUGUGUGAUGGAAGUAUUUAUCAUAUUUAUAUUCAAUUAGAAUCACGUGUUCCAUGUA